CCCGUCACUUAGACUUGGAGGAGCAGCAGGAAGACCAAGUUGAAGGCGGCCAGGCAAAAAGCAGCAAUGCACAAGAACUUUUUGAUCAACUAGAAAGAUUUUUGAGGGCACAGGAGAGACUUUACUGAGGGAAACCGAAAGUGAGGAGCAAAGUUAAAAACGACGGGAGUAUUGAUCCAUUGAUUGAUUGGUUGGUUGUUAGUCAGAGCGACUGAAGGAUGGCAAACUCCGGACUCCAGUUGUUGGGUUACUUCCUGGCCUUGGGCGGCUGGAUCAGCAUCAUCGCCACCACGGCUUUGCCCCAAUGGAAGCAGUCGACUUACGUCGGUGACGCGAUCAUCACCGCUGUGGGUCUGUAUGAGGGUCUGUGGAUGAGCUGUGCUUCACAGAGCACGGGACAGGUCCAGUGCAAGAUCUUUGACUCCAUGCUUUCUCUCGACAUCCACAUCCAGACGUGUCGCGCCCUGAUGGUGUUGGCGGUGCUGAUCGGCCUGAUCGGCAUCAUCAUCAGCGUGGUGGGAAUGAAGUGCACAAAGGUGGGAGAUACCACCCCAGUCAUCAAGAUGCGUAUCGCCGUGACGGGAGGGGUUCUCUUCCUUCUUGCAGGUCUGUGUACCCUGGUUUCAGUUUCCUGGUAUGCAGCUCAGGUGUCCUACCAGUUCUUCAACCCAAAUACCCCAGCCAACGCCAGGUAUGAGUUUGGCUCCGCCCUCUUUGUGGGCUGGGCUGCAGCCAGUCUGACGAUACUCGGCGGUUCCUUGCUGUGCUGCUCCUGCUCCAAAGAUGACCUGCAAGGCCAGCAGUACUACCGCCAAUCACAGCCUUCAACGGCCAGGGAGGCAGAGUUGUUGAGUGAAACUAGUUUUCCUGACUGAUCAGCUUUUUAUCAAGAUUUUCCAAGUGUCCAACUACUGACUCUUCUUUCCCUGUUUUCUCACACACACGUCUAAAUAAGCACGCCAUUUAUUUAUUCACCAUUGAUUAUGGAAUCUCAGACAUCUUGACCAGUUACGUCCUGAUUUUUGAUAUUAUAUGCUCCUUUGAGAAAUGAGUCUUUCAAGUAAGAAGCACAUUGUACUGAUUAAAAAU